AUGGACGAGACUGCCCUAGCCACAUGCGCGGCGUUAGUGCCGUUGUAUGUUAAUAAUAACGCAAGAGUUCUAAAAUUAGAUCCGGGCAAUCUAGCGACGCUUCUGGGAUAUGUUAGCCUGGAACUGGGAUACUGCGGCGCAAGCGUCACUAUAAAUUCCUACGUGCGGACAUCGUGGAUCGUGGAUAGCAAUUUCUAUGCUAGCUCGGUCAACGCUACCUGGGACUACAAUCUUGUCAAAUCAAAGAUGUUCUACGCGUGGAAUAGGCCCGCUUAUGCCGGGACGCUCCCCGCCCCCGAUACGGAUUGCACGUCGGCACCGGUCGGAAAGUGCGGAGAUAAAGAG